GGCCAUUACAUGAAAAUUCCUCCAAGAAUAAUGUUUAUGGCUCAGGUAGUAGGUACUCUAAUAGCAGGGUUCGUGUAUUUGGGAACAGCAUGGUGGUUAAUGGAAACGAUUCCAGACAUGUGCAACAAGACAUUGUCCAACACGGUGUGGACUUGUCCUUCGGAUCAUGUGUUUUAUGAUGCAUCAGUGAUUUGGGGUUUGAUUGCACCAAGAAGGAUUUUCGGAGACUUGGGAACUUAUGGGAUGGUGAAUUGGUUCUUCUUAUUUGGCGCGAUAGCACCAGUACUUGUGUGGUUAGCAGCCAGGGCAUUUCCUAAGCAAGAAUGGAUCAAACUGAUCAACAUGCCAGUGCUAAUAGGAGCAACAGGGAUGAUGCCACCAGCCACGGCUGUGAACUACACGACCUGGAUCAUCGUUGGGUUCUUGUCUGGCUUUGUUGUUUAUCGGUAUAGACCAGAUUGGUGGCAACGACAUAACUAUGUUCUUUCGGGUGCACUUGAUGCUGGUUUGGCAUUUAUGGCAGUUUUUAAAUACUUAAGUCUGUUGCAUUAUCUUUAG